AUGGUUCUGAAACUUUCAAUAUUGGUUAUUGUCGUUCUGUCCACCUGCGGUAUGAGAACAUUUACCACUGCUGAAUAUCAUCUAGUAAGAUGUCCACGAUUAACAUACGCAGAAAAUAGUUACGUUGGUUACAAUAUGAAAAAUGGUAAAAUACGUGGUAUAGGUAGCACCGCCUACAUGAAAUGUCACCUUUAUCACAACCUUUAUGGCAAUAAUGUCACCACAUGCUCUUUUGAUGGAAUAUGGCGACCAAAGCUCGGUGUUUGCAAAUUGAAACCAAAAUACGAUGAAAACUUCUGCAAACCAUAUGGAUCCGACAGACAACCAUUAUUGAAAUACAGUACAUCACUAAAGACUAGACGUGGUACCCUAAUAAUCAUUAAAUGUCAACCUGGACAACGUCUUUAUGGUAGUGCAAUAUCUAAAUGCACAGGUGGCGUGUGGAAGCCAAUUUUGGGAAUAUGUGCUGAUAAUAAAACGAGAACUGGAUAA